ACGACAAUUGCAAAACAAUCGACUCACAGUCCCAACACAAAAAACAAAACCACUAAUCUCCUUCGAUUCUCAUCAACUCAUCAAGAUAAAGUUUUUCAUUAUAUUCGUAAAAGAUUUAUCCUCUUCCCGAAAAUGGAGGCAGCCGCCACCACUUUGUUCGGUUCUUCUUUAUAUCUACAUCCACCUUCAAGCUCCGUUGCUAAAUCGGCCGUUUUCGCCGCCGGAACCCUCCCCUCCUCGAUUAAGCAUUAUUGUUCUCUAGCUUGUUCAAGAUCAUGGGAUAAAAGAAGGGUUUUGGGGAGUAGGAGAGGAAUGGCUGUAAGGGCAUCAUCAUCAUCUUCGUCUCCUGAUUCGACUGACCCAUCUGCUCCAAUUGCACCCCAUAGGAUGGAGUCUCCAAUUGGGCAGUUUUUGUCUCAAAUCUUGAUAAGCCAUCCACAUCUUAUGCCUGCAGCGGUCGAGCAGCAGCUCGAACAGCUUCAAACCGAGUGGGAUGUUGAGCGAAAGAAGGAAGUACCAUAUGCUUCAGGGACGGACUUGGUGUUGCAUAGGAGAAUCGCUGAGGUUAAGGCAAAUGAGCGAAAUAAAGCUUUGGAGGAAAUCCUCUACGCAUUGGUUGUACAGAAGUUUAUGGAUGCCAAUGUUACUUUGGUGCCUGCAAUAACUCCCUCCUCUAUGGAUUCUUCAGGUCGAGUGGAUACGUGGCUGAGCCAAGAAGACAACCUUGUGCUACUUCACUCGCCAGAGGCCAAUGAGAUGAUCCAAAACCAUCUAUCUCUCAUUCUGGGAGAUCGAGCGGAUGAUUUAUCAUCUGUUGCACAGACUAGUAAACGCUUGAUUGGGCAGGUGUAUGCUGCGUCGGCAAUGUAUGGGUACUUCCUGAAGCGGGUUGACCUGCGAUUUCAGCUGGAGAAGACCGUAAAAAUCCUUCCAAAUACCCCAGAUGCCGAGGGAAGUAGUAUAGAGCUAGUUGUGAGAGAGGAGAUGGGACCUGCAGGGGACCAUCAAGCUGUUCCGUCGUGCCCUGAAGUCUCAUCUUGGUCUGGUAUCAUCAGUCCUGAAGAGUACGCUAACUUGGUAAAGCCCUCUCGGUUACGGACUUACGUGAUGUCCUUUGAUGGGGAGACACUUCAGAGAUUUGCUACGAUUAGAUCGAAAGAAGCUGUCAGCAUUAUUGAGAAGCACACAGAGGCCCUAUUUGGAAGACCCGGCACUGUUAUUACUCCUCGAGGGACUGCUGGUUCUUCCAAGAACGAGCGUAUUAAGAUUAGCUUUGGUGGUUUGAAGAGGCUUGUUUUGGAGGCUGUCACUUUUGGUUCUUUUCUAUGGGAUGUUGAAAGCUUCGUAGACUCAAGGUACCAUUUUGUUAUGAAUUAGCUAUGUUAAAUGAUGUUGCAACUGGCCAAAGAGAAUUUUGUAGUU